AAAGCAAAAUGUACUUGGACUUGGAGCCAUAUACAGUCCCCGCUGGUCUGAAGAGAACAGUAAAGCACACUUGUGGCUUUUUUGCUGAACUUAGUGGAGAGGAGGGCCAUUACAUGAUUGCUGUUACAUUGGACAGAAAAGAAGUUCUUCGGGUAGAUGUCGAGACCACUUCCACAGCUUUUGAAAAUGUGGAUAUAGUCUUCGCAACAUUUGAUAUUGAGAUCAAAGAUCCAACAUCUUAUGGUGUUUACAAUUGCCUUUUGGAGAAAAAUGGCAUCCAAUAUCCAAAUGCGACGCACAUAGGUCCUAGAUUCGAUGAGAAUGGGAAAGAACAUAGUAUCUUGAACACAUUCCAGAUCAUCCAUCCUUUUGCACCUGAUCCUUGGAACGUGCCAACACAGACCUUCCAGCUAAACAGCUGCUGCCGGGAGUUUAAUCUGCAGAUCGUCCCUCCCGAAUCGGUCUCCAGACGGGAGCGGCCCGUCCUUGUCUGUAGCGCUGAGGGAUUGCCUGACAGUGUGCAGAGAUUAGAGCAGCACGCAGACAGGUCCUUACAGGGCCGGCUGAGGACAGGGUGCUCCAUCACGCUGCACGGCGCAUUUGCAUGGGACGUCUAUGGCCAGACGUCAGGAUAG